AUUUAGCACGAGCCAGUCAGUUAGUCACAUACAAACGCUCGUAAAAACGGAUUAUAUGAAAUAAGAUUAAAACGCUGGCGUCAUAAAUAUUAUACAAAUGCUGACUUUACAACACAGCAUGGGGUUUUGUUAGUAUCACUGGAGGUUGUGAGACUCAAAUCUCUGAGUGUGUUGAUAGUUUGAGGCGGUCGGCAAGAGGAAAUCCACUAUCUGUGUGUCAAAACACACUUUAUUCUUGCUUUGGCCACAAGCAAGUGAAUUUAUCGUGUUUGGGGCUCAUAUUCAGCAUGGCUAAGCUUCAGUCUGGUAACGGAGUGCAGUGGAAGGACAGCAGGAGUCAGCGGGGCACGGUGGAGAGUCUGGCCGAGCACGAGAGCUCUUCUCUGGGCUCGGACUCUGAGCUCAACGGCUUCGCCAACACGGAGAUCCAGACAGACAAGUACGGAUUCAUAGGAGGAGCUCAACAAAGCACAGAAGAAAAUGAUAAUAUUCCUCCAGAUGUGCUCCGGCAGAGAGAAGCCAAAUGGCUGGAUAUGCUCAACAGUUGGGACAAGUGGAUGGCCAAAAAACACAAGAAGGUAAAGUUGCGCUGUCAGAAGGGCAUCCCUCCAUCACUCAGAGGUCGUGCGUGGCUUUAUCUCUCUGGUGGGAAAGUGAAGAAAGAACAGAAUCAGGGCAAAUUUCAGGAGUUGGACAGUCAGCCUGGAGAUCCUAAAUGGCUGGAUGUGAUCGAGAAAGACCUCCACAGACAGUUUCCAUUCCACGAGAUGUUCGUAGCUCGAGGAGGCCACGGGCAGCAGGAUCUGUUCCGGGUGCUGAAGGCGUACACACUGCACAGACCAGAGGAGGGUUACUGUCAGGCUCAAGCUCCUAUAGCUGCAGUGCUGCUCAUGCACAUGCCUGCUGAGGAUGCGUUUUGGGGUCUGGUCCAGAUCUGUGAGAAGUAUCUGCCCGGAUACUACAGCGCAGGCCUGGAGGCCAUCCAGUUAGACGGCGAGAUCUUGUUCGCUCUGCUCAAGCGCGUGUCCCCGGUGGCCCACCGGCAUCUGAAGAAAUACAAGAUUGACCCUAUCCUCUACAUGACUGAGUGGUUCAUGUGUGCCUUCUCCAGGACGCUGCCCUGGGUGUCUGUCCUGCGCAUGUGGGACAUGUUCUUCUGUGAGGGAGUGAAGAUCAUCUUCCGUGUGGGUCUGGUGCUGCUGAAGUGCAUGCUGGGAUCUCAGGAGAAACUGAAAGCGUGUCAGGGCCAGUAUGAGACCAUGGAGCUGCUCAGAUCUAUUGAGCCACGAUACAUGCAGGAGGCUUUCCUAGUGCAAGAGGUCAUUGAGUUGGCCGUGUCUGAGCGAGACAUAGAGAAGGAACAUCUCUCUCAGCUCCGGCGCUGGAAGGAGACCCACGGAGAGCUGCACUGUAAAUCCCCUCCCAGAAUGCACGGCGCCAAAGCCAUCAUGGCCGCUGAGCCGCCCAGUCGCCAGGACCUCAAACAAAACCCCACGAUCGUCGUCGAAGUACCGCGGACCACCGAGAGCAAGAUGGAGAAAGGGAAAAAAGCGAAGAGCAAAGUGGACAAGAAAACGGACACGAAAAACACCUCGCCACCUCUUAAUCCGUAUCUGUUACCCAGCAACCCAGCAUUACAGAGCGAUAACCUCACGCCCAGCGAAUCGCAGCACCUGCAGGAAGACACACCCCCGCAGGGCUCCAAUCAGAGUCUCAGUAGCUCCGAACACGACACCUACCUGUAAAGCGCUGGAAGAGGGACGCCAGUGCUGACCGCUGAAUGUUUACUGUGCAGAAACAUCUGCCUCCCCACUCUCAGGAUUUGGCAUCGAAGGAGAGAUCACAUGACACAAAACAUACUUAUGGGAGUCACAAUCACAUAGGAGAGCAUGGAUAAAACCGUACAUAAUGAGGUUUUCAACUGUGUUUACAUGAUUAUAUGUAUAUGUGUGUGUGCAUGUUUGGAAAUGAAAUGAAGGACAAAGAGCAAAAACCAUCUCUCAGAUCUCCAAAUGAAGCGUUAAUGAGCUGCGCUGGAUGCAGAUGUUCUUAUGCUGUUUAAACUAGUUAGCGAGUGCAGAGGACAUACUGUAGUGGGAUGCAAGUACAUUUCCAUCAUCUGCCUCAGGAGACUGAAUUUGUCUGUUUUUGUAUUUUUAAAAGAAAAAACUAAAAAAUAUUUAAGCAUAAGUUUAAGAUUUAUGCUUUUGAACUGCAUAUAAAAUUUCCAUCCAUUAGGUUUACACAGUUUUAACAGGAGCAGUCAUGCUCCUUUAACAUGUCAGUCAUACAUAAAUGAAAUGGGUUAGAUUUCUGUAGUUGUACUGAACUGAAUGUGUUUAAGUGCACAGUUUAUAUAUUUAUUAUCAUCCCAUACUAAUAUUUAACAAAUUUUGUUUGUUCCACAGCUAGCCAAAUUUUAACCAUGUUCAUUCAACUGAAUCAAUUUAAUUGUUUUCACAAUGACCAGAUUUAUGCUGAUUGAUUGAUUGUUUAUGAUAAAACCAUGUAAUCCAAAUGGAUGGAAAUUUCAUAUGCAUUUCAAACACAUCUUAGGCCUAAAUAUAUAUAUUUUUUGAGUGAACAGUUAACGAAAAAAGAAAAAAAAAUAUCACCCUUUUCGCGAUCUUAUUUUUUUGUGGAACCAAAAAGCAGCAAUUUUGAAGAAUCUUUCCACUGCAAAUUUCCACAGAAACCCGUCCGAAAAAAAAUCUCAGAAAAGCAUUAAAAUGCCAUUCAGUAAUAUUAUAUGCUAUAAGACUGCUUUAAUGGUGUUUCCUGAACUUUUAGGUCGGAAGACCUGCAUUAAUAUUCUUCAGAAAAAUCUGAGCGAGUAAAUAAUAACUGACUGAAUUGUUCCUUUAACUAUUUGAUAUUAGCAUCAAGAUGAUUGUGCAUUUGACUGGCAACGAAUAUUUGUAUGAAGUGAAUUCAGUCGUAAUUCCUUGUCUUGACCACUAAGGGGCUCUAUUGAGCUGUUUUUAAAUCUCAAAUUCAAUUGCAUUUCACCUUGUUGAGCACUAGAUGAAUUCCAGAGAUCUGCAUUAUAUCAGGAGACCAAACAUUUCUGUUCUGUCAAAUCUUCAUUUCAAGCUUCGUGCUCUCUGACAAAAUGCUACAUAUAUAAAUCUAUUUAUCUUAGUACCAAAAUGCACGUGUAUAAAACAGAAUCUAGCUGCAUAGAUUUGAAUUCCCUGCAAAAGUCAAUCGGAAUCAAUCCAUUGAAUGAACUUUUGGGAGAAAUAUUAUAUGAGCCAAAUAACAGAGGUCUCUGCUCAGACGGGGUUUGCUCCUCUGUCAUGACAGAUUCUCUGUACAUUCCAUAUGUUUCAAUUCUCCUCAUGAUUUCUGUUGCGGUUUGGUGUGGUCUUGAGUGUAAAUGAGCUGUGUACAGGUGUGCUGGACCGUGAUCUACAUGACUUUAACUGUCAAAUUCUUGAGCAAGAGAUUGUUUUGCACAUUUCCGUCUUGAUUUACUAAAACUGAAGGGAUGCUGUAGGGCACAAUCCUCUGACCUUUUGUAGGGUGAAGACAAUUAUAUUUUUAAAGAUCUAUGGAUUUAUUUUCUCUGAUGUAAAUAGCAUAGCCAAGACAAUUUUAACACUAUUUUAUUUCUCUUCUUGCUAUGACUUCUUGUAAGUAUGGAAGAUAUGUAUAUUCAUGAGCAUUUAUGGCCAGGUUUGCUAUGUAUGCACUCAUUGAUCGAGCUGUGUGCAUAUUUUUCUUUGGGAGGAAGUGAUAAUUUUGUGAGCUAAAAAAAAAAAGAAGUUAUUUAAUUGAACUGACUGUUUGCCACAACAAACAGGAACCACAAACAGAUACUUAGUAUGCAUGCUUGAUAUAUUUGAUUGCUGAAUUUUAUGCUUUGAUGGUCCAGGUAUCAUAUUUAUCAAGCUUUUUAGAAUUAGGUUCAGUUCUCUCGUGGGACAUGCAUUGAGGUCGAGGAGAUAUAUUUAUGUAUAAAGUCCCUAAAUGCUGUAAUAAAGCAAUAUUACGUUUUUAAUGUGAGAGGUAAACAUUCUUAAUGUUAUCAAUUAGAGUUAUUUCUAAAAUGAACAUUGCAGUACAAUUUGGGAGAAUUCAAGUUUUUGAAUGAGUUUUAAUACAGGCUGUGUGCCAAAACAUGUCACUUCGAUAAGAAAUGAAGUUACUUUAGAUUUUAUUUUCUUGUGUUCACACUCAAAUUGUUCCAUCCUCCUGUAUGCAAAUUACAUU